CUCGGCCGCUUUGGUGGAGUUGUCAAGGCCAGCCGCCAAGCGGGCCAGCUCUGCCCAAUUUCACACGUGCGUGACGCCUGGCCAGCACUGGAUCCCUCUCGUGGCGUUGCGCCAACGCCUGCCCGCGCGGCACCCUAACCUCGGCACCCAACAAGGCCAAAAAGCCAGCCGCAGCGCGCGACGCCAACCAUGGCCGCCAAGGACACAACUUCAAAAAUGUUCGUCGUCUGCGGUAGAGAUGCGGACUUACUCUACGAGGCCGAGCUCAACGCCAAUUUCGACGCGGAGUCCCCGACGGCGCAUUUAUCGCACUUCGUGCUGCACGCGGCGCUGGAUAAUGUCGAUCAUCUCAUAGCGACGACGCCCGACGUGUAUUUGAGGGUCGUGGACAAUUUCAACGAGAAGCGCGUCUACGCGUUUUGUACCGGCGGACAUGCGAAAUUCCUACUGCUCCAUGAAGGUAGAAACGAGGACGCCGUGCGCAAUUUCUUCAAUGAUGUGUAUGACAAGUACGUCCAGGCGCUGUUGAACCCGUUUUAUGUGCCGGACUCGGAGCUCACAUCGCCAGCCUUCGAUCGAAGUGUGAGAGCUGCUGCCAAGAGGUAUUUGUAACUAUGUGAUCAGU